GAUACAUUGGGAAUAAUAAAUAAAAAAUAAGAUCUAGAGAGAGAAAGGGGUUUAACUGAGGUUUCAGCUUUUCUUUUCAUCUUCUUUUUCCUUCUCUUCUCUUUUUUGCUCCCUUCUGCAUUUGCAUUGUCUCUCUCUCACUUUCGUUUCAGUCCCCACUUUCUUAUACUCCUCAAAAUGCACUCUGAACCCACCAUUCCAGACCUACUGUACUUCUUGUAGCCAUGGCUGUCAUCCCACCUCAACCUCAAGCUCAGGCUCAGUCUCAGUCUCGACGUAUUUCCACCUGUCACCGUCAUCCUAGCAUACCCAUUACUGGAUUCUGCGCUUCAUGCCUCCGAGAACGCCUCGCCGGCAUCGAAGCCGCCGUCAACAACGAUACUCCCACCCGGAACCAAGCUGCUGCCGGUGCUGCAUCUUCUUCCGGGUCGGAGCUCCGUCGAAGUAAAUCCUGCUCUGGACCCAAGUCUGAGGUCUUUGCGAACCCUCCUGACCCUACGAGACGCAGGUCGUGCGACGUUAGGGCUCAAGCUCGAAACAGUUUGUGGAACCUCUUUAAUCUUGACGACGAGAGGAAAGGUACGGCCGGAAAGUUCGAGGUUGAGUUGGGGAAUCUAGGGUUCAAGUUAAAAGAAGAGCACGGGGACGGGAACGAGAACGGGAAUGAGGGUGCGAUUAGGGUUUCUGAGCGUGAAGUUCGGGUUGAGGAAGAUGGCUUUGAGUCGAAGACGAUGAAGGAGUUUAUAGAUCUCGAAUGCAAGAAAAAGAAAGGUACAGGGAGGGAUUUGAAGGACAUUGCGGGGACAUUUUGGGUAGCGGCGUCUGGUUUGAGCAAGAAGUUGAGGAAAUGGCGGCGAAAAACCAAGCCCAAGAAGCUCAUCGACGACGACAAUGGCGGUGGGGUUUUGGGGGUUGAGAGAUGUAGUCCGAGGCGUUUGAGAGAAACCCAAUCAGAGAUCGGAGACUACGGGAUGGGACGUAGAUCUUGUGACACCGAUCCAAGAUUAUCCAUGGACGCCGGUCGAAUGUCAUUGGACGAAUACAGGUAUUCCUAUGAUGAGCCAAGAGCCUCUUGGGAUGCAUAUUUGAUUGGCAGAGCUGCAUACCCACGUCUAACUCCAAUGGUCUCGGUUGUUGAGGACACCAAGCUUUCCGACGGCGAAAAUGAGAAUUGGGUAACCGACAACUUGGUCGAAGAUGGCGAAAUGAGUCCCGGUGGUUCAGCCCAAACAAAAGAUUACUACAAUUCGGAGAGUCUGCCUUUGCAGAGGCGCAGGAGGAGUUUCGAUUGCUCAAACUCUCUGCAUAGGAAAGGGGUUUUAGCUGAAGUUGACGACUUGAAGUUGAAUUCGAACGCUAAGGUCUCUCCGGCGACGACUGAAUUGUUCUUUGGCGCGAAAUUGCUUAUCACGAAUAGAGACUUGAGGGAUGCCAAGUUGAAAUCUGUCAAAGAUGAGAGCUCGGAGAGUGUUGAAUCAGCUUCAUCUAAGGAUGCUGCGGAUUUGGUUCCUCCAAGUGGGCUUUCUCAAAAGGGGUUGAAGAAAUCACAAGGGUGGCAGAGAAAGUGGAACUUGUGGGGUCUGAACCUGAUGCAGAAGCAGCGAGGUGAUCAACCCAAGUGUGGUCUUGAUGAAGGAGAUAUUUUAGUUAGAGGGAAUGUGGCUGAUCCCACGGUGGCGGAUUCAUGGAAGAAGCUGAGGAGAGUGGCUAAUGGAGAAGCCAAUGGAUCUGUAAGUCAGAAGCUUAUACGUAGCUAUAGUGUUAGCUGUCGAAAACCCACCUGCAAAAUUGAUGGUUUGUUGAGUAAUUCGAAUGGUGGUGAGACCAGAGGCAGUUUCGUUAAGAGAAGAGAAGAGUUUUCGUUGCCGCGUAACCGGAGUGCCCGGUAUUCACCCAAUAACGUCGACAAUGGUCUAUUAAGGUUCUACUUGACUCCAUUGAGAAGCUACAGGAGAAGUCAAUCAGGAAAGAGUAGGCUAAAGAACUCACAUUCGAUGGCCAAGAAUGUUUUGUAAAGGUUUCUCACUUGUUUCCAAGUAUUAAUUCAUGUUGUAAAUUCAUAAAAGUUAUGUGCUGGUUUUUCUUUACUAAAACAUAUUAUAUUGUUAUUUCACGGCAUAUCAUUUUAUUUUUUUUCUCACACCGGUAGUGGUAAAAGGAAAUCAGUUCUUUUA